AUGGAUACAAAUCGAAACUCUAUAGGUUGCUGCGGCAGCUGCACGGAAAUCUUUCAACGAAAGAGAAAUAGAAUUCAAGUUGAAGAAUCUCCUCGAACUCAAGAACCUGCCAAGAUGACUUCUAAUGAAGUUAGUCAUUUCUGUAUAUUCAUAAUAUACGUUAGACUGUAAGAAGCGGACCACUUAUAUCAUUAGACCUUUAGAAGAAGUCUUUCGCCUUUUUAUAUUGCUCGCCGACGAAGAAGUCGACCUCUCUUGACUUUGUCGCUCGCUCGGCCGCUUUGCUGCAUAACAGGCUCGCUUUUCAUCAGCUUUAUUUCGGUGAAACUUGUUAGGUCGACUUGUGGCAACUCUAUUGGAACCCAUAACUAUAAACGGAAACGCUAUCGGCGGACAUGACCCUCGGCAUCUUCUUCACUUUUUGUUAAGCAGACAGUAAGUUUAAGUGGACACUAGGCCAGGGUUUCAUGGGCGUCCGCCCAAUACAGGAUUCUGUUUCAGUAGUUCAGGUUUAUUAGACAAGAAAGUUGUACCGAACUUAAGAGCAGACUUUACCGAUCCUGGUGCGGCCGGCUAGUUUUAAAUACUGUUAUGCGUGCCGGUGAAAUCAGUCAGUGCGACAGCUUGCCAUCGGUACACCUAGCAGACAUUGACUUUAUACCUUGAUUUUUUGGUGAUUACUGGUGUUGUUAAGUAUCUAUUUUCUUAUUUAUUUUGGCUGUGCAGCAGUAAAUCGUGCUUUGAGUCAUCUUUCGACAUAUGUCAGAAGACAAUUGUCUGUUUUACAAACGUGUAUGAUAAUCAAGGAAAACUAGCGGUCACCAUAUCUAAUCGACUUUAUAAUGGCACUGUCAGUGUAUUUGGGGUCUUGAACGACAGGUUUAUUCAAACUUCUAUUCUUUUUACUUUAGAAAUUAUCGCCAAGUCAGGUUUCGAGUGCUCUCGGCCUGUCGCUAAAUUUUGGUCAAAUUUUUUACAAGGCAAAUUUCAAUCGCGACCCGGCAGAGCUCUUCUGCGCAUGACCGCAAGGGUCAGUCACGUCUGGGUUUGCUUUUGCACAUGAAAAACACGAAAAAGCUUCAAUUACGAUGAAUUUGACAGCCUUAUUACCAAUGCUAUAAAUUUUGCGUUGGCCUGCUCCAGAUGUUAAAACUUAUGCAAAAAACUCGCGUGGCCUGGAGUUAGCGAAGAGGCUAACUUCGCCACAGAAGAAACUAAACCUCUGAAGGUUAUGUAUCGGUCAAAUCGAAGCUUCAACAUGCCCCCCCCCCGGCAAACCCCGGGCAUUUGACACCUUUGCCGCCCCGGGGAGGAGGGAAUUUGAUUAUCAGAGUCUUCCAGGGGGUGGGGAACUUGAUCUCCAUGCGUUAGGGGUGGGGAAUUUGAACGGCACCCACGAUUUCAUGUGAAAUCUCUGGCGUGGCGAGCUAUCAUGGGGGACGCGGUGUUGGAGGAUUUUCGUGGGAACGAUUGUGCCUUUGUGGCCAAUUGGUUACGAGGAAAGGGCUUAAACAAGCUUGGUUUUGAAUAUAUGAAUGUAUAAAAGUUGUGUUUACUAUGACUUAUUACCAGCGAUUCAAUGCAACAAUAAAAAGCUCAACAGAGGUCAAUAUUACUCUGACCUGCCGCAUGUAUAAGGUGAGUGAUGACUCAUGUCAGUGAAAUGGUCAUGAUGUAGUAGGUGGGAUUUUUUUUAUAGAACGUUUUCUAUGUUGCAUGACACACGAAGAAAAGCUGAGCAUUCAGUGACCUUGUAGCAGCGAUUUCCGCCGCUUUGCACGAGAAGUUUGUUUGUAGUAGAUACGCUAACAUUGUUUCUCAGUUUUUGUUAUAUUGAAUGCGAAUUAUUUGCUGUAUUUAUAAAGAUUUUGUUCGACAACUGAAGGCGUUUCUGCCGUCCUUCUGUCAUUAUGUGCCUGUGAAAUGUCCCCGGGGUGGGGACAUUUGAUUACCUGAAUGGACCCUUGUGUGGGGCAUUUGAACGGCAUUUUGGCCCGGGCAGGGGGAAAUUUGAACAAUAAUUUUCAAAAAAGUCAAAUGCCCAGGGGGUUGCCCGGGGGGGGCAUGUUGAAGCUUCGAUUUGACCGAUACAUUAAGUCUGUCUGCAAAACAGCGGCGACAUCCUUGUCCUUGGCCCCCAGCUAGUACCUGUGUACCAGGAUUUGAGUAAGUGCCAUGGUUGGCCCGUGAGCCUGCGAGCAAGCUCUCUGGAGCGCCCAGGAGAGCUUACUCGCAGGAUAUGGUUGGGCCGUUAAAAAAGCCAUUGUGGAUUUGCCCAUCAGGUUUAAAGGAAAUUCAAAACGCACUUCGUAAUUCUUUGAGUCCGUUGGGGGCUCAGAACAAGGAUCUCGGCGUUGCGAAGCAGGCUAUCUCAGAUCACGCGCGUCGUUUUUUCUCUCGACCUAGUUCUCGCGACUUUCCUACUGCCUGCGUGCUUGAAAGAGGAGUAAUUUUGCGUAAGUUGAAUGAUCUGUGAGAAGGAUGGUUACUUUUAGGGUUGCAAUAGAUCAUAAGUAAUAUGUAUUGCUUUCAGGAGACUGGUCAGCCUAAAAUAGUCCAAGACAACUCUAUGAAGUUAGGAGAUGACAUAAACUUGUCAGAACAGAAUGAUGUUCAGCUUGACCCAGAGCUCAAACAAAACAGAUAUCCUGAUUUAACUGGAGCCAAGUCCAUUAUGUCCAAAUAUCUGACAAGGGAAGUCUUUGAGAGGCUGAAGGAAAAGAAGACGCCCAAAGGAUUCACCAUUGCCCGAGCAGUUAAUACUGGAGUCCGAAACAAAGAAAAGUCCCUGAUGGGUUGCCACGCCGGAGACACCGAGUCCUAUGCAGUCUUUGCGGAAUUUUUUGAUCCUGUCAUUGAAGAGUAUCACCGUGGUUUCAAGCCGGGAGAUAAGCAUAUCACUGAUAUGAAUGUGGAAAAUCUCAAAGGCAACAUCAGCGACCCAACCAAGAUCAUCUCUACACGAAUUAGGGUGGCCAGGAACAUUUCUGGCUUCAACCUUGCUCCCGGGCAGAAUACCAAAGAUGAAAAGCUGGCGAUAGAAGCCUUAAUGCUGAAAGUUUUUGACAAAUUGGAGGGAGAUUUGGCAGGUCACUACUAUUCAUUGGUGAAGAUCACUGAAGAUGAACGUCAGCAACUGGUGAGAGAGCAUUUGUUAUUCAAGGGCAACGACAAGAUGCAAGCUGACAGUGGGUAUCAUCGUUGGUGGCCACAUGGACGAGGGAUCUACCUUAACGAUAGCAAAACCUUCGCUGUAUGGCUCAACGAAGGUGACCACGUCCGUGUGAUUUCCAUUCAGCAAGGUGGCGAUGCUAGGUCGGUGUUUGCAACGCUGGUGAAAGCGGUGAACACAAUCGAGAAGCUCCUUCAAGAGUUAGAUGGCCGUACUUUUCAGAAGACCGACCAUCUCGGUAUGAUCACCUGCUGUCCCACUAACCUCGGAACAGGUCUGCGGGGAGGAGUGCUGAUCCAGCUGCAGAAACUUGUGGCCAAGAUGGGAGAGGAUGGUCUCAAAGAAUGGGCAAAAGAAAACCACUUGCAGGUCCGUGGUCUGUAUGGAGAGCAUUCGGACUCUUCUGGCGCCAUCUAUGACAUCUCCAACAAAUACCGGCUUGGUUACUCAGAGAUACAGCUGGUGCAAUUUGUGAUUGACGGUGUGAACAAGUUGAUCAAAAUGGAAGAAUCGGCUUGAGAAGGACUGCCGUCUAUUGCACAAAUCAGGGAAUAGUUGAAACUUGUAUUUGUAGAUCUUAUUACUAAGUGUUGUCAUAACUUUUGUACAGUUAAACUCAGUGGACUAUUCUUCCUCCGAGCAAGCGUUUUCUGAACACUGGAAAUCACCGCACCAGUUGAUUGCAUUUGCUACUCUUGCCAAUCUUCCUCUGCUGUCAAAUCAAGGAUGGUAGAGACGACCUACUCAUGGUAAAGAA